CUAUGGGAUAAAAAACCGGACGCCUGCCUAAUAAAACAGUUUUCCAUUUUAUUUUGUUAUUAUUAAUUUUUUUAUGAGCCCAUACUGUCCCACUGCUGGGCAAAGGCCUCCCUCUUAUUCUUCCUCGUGUCCCUAUCCUCGGAAGUCUCCCACCAGUCUCUGUCGAAGGCAUCAAGUUCGUCCCGCCAUCCGACGAGGUCUACCGUGACGCCUUACAACCUGUGGGACCCAACAGAAUAAUAUAUGUGGGGGGUAUAUAUGUGGGAUAAUAGUAUAAACAUGACAAAAACAUUAAAAUAAACACAUGAUACAAUUACAGCUAAACAGAAUAAAUUUGUUCAUCUAGUUCCAGAAUGAUAGCUACUUUCUGCCCAGGUUUAGACCUAAAUUAUAUCAUAAAUCUGAUCAUUUUAAUGAGUUUACCACCUACAUCAUCUGUUACUAUACAAAUGCUGAGAAUAUCGAUCAUAAAUCGUCCUAUAAUACAUAUUAGAUUGCUUAAAUAUUAUCAUUUUUGUGUACUCACUUUAAGUAAGCUCUGAAUAAUAGAAAGAAACGACCGAUAACAAACUCAUAAAACUUUAUCGAUACAUUAUUUCAAAAUCAAAUAAAAAUACUAGCUCAGCUGCAAUACGACUAACUUGGCUAAGAUGUUGAUAUUUACAGUACUAUAUUUUUCAUGUGCUCUGGCUACUGGCGAUAUGUAUAAAGAAUCAUCUGUUAGUAAUAUAGCUAGCAACUUAGUGGAUAUUCUAGAUUUACAUGCAGCAGACAAUCCAAAACUGAACGAAUUAAGAGGAAAAUUAAAGACGAUAAACAAAUAUGUUGUUGAUAAAGAAAAAAUGGCAGAAUUGUUGUUAAAUGAAAGCAGAGACACUACAUUAAACGAAACCAAUUUCUAUGAAGCUCUAAAUGAUAAUGAUGGAUUCAGACUAUUACAGUUAAACGAAGAACCUAAAAAUCUCUAUUUAAAAUUGAAAGAAAAAAUGAAUCGAGAUGAUAUUUUAAAAAUCGUUUUUGAAAAAAACCCUGCCAAAAUUGUACAAUCGUUUAGAAGGUCAAUGAAUAUGAAAGAGGAAGUACCAGGACUUGACGAGGAAAUAAUAGAAGAGGUAGCCGAUAAAAUGUUAGGAGAAAAGCUAAAGGAUGAACAUAAGUUCGAUGAAGAUAAUUUAACCAAUAUUUACUGGGAUCCAAAACCAGAACUAGAAGACCUAAAAGAGUACCACAGCCAUUCCGGACGACGUAUCUACAAAGGCGAACGCACCGUCAUCCAGAAGUACCCAUUCAUGGCUUCCAUUCACAUCAUGGGUCGGUUCUGGUGCGGCGGGGUGCUGUACUGGCACGACCUGGUGUUGACGUCGGCGGCUUGCUUGCAACUUAUGCACAACAACCGAUUCUUCCGAGAAAACCCUCGCGUGCUUCAAGUGCGCAUAGGCAGCAACCACAGCAGGAUCAGCGGCGAACUUGUCGACGCACUUGAGGUCUACUUCCACCCGACCUACAACCCGCGCACACUGGCGGACAACAUCGCCGUCAUCCGCCUGCGGUACCGCAUCGCCUUCAACCACCACCGCGUGCCGAAGAUCAUCGACAUCUCGCACUUCGACCACAACCCCGCCGCCUCUGAAGUGCUGGUGUUAGGGUGGGGUGUUACUAGGAUGUCCAACCGCCUCGCAUACGAGCCAGUAUUUCUACAGCGCAAAUUUUUGCCCGUCUACCCGAACUCUUUCUGCAAAGAAAUCUACGGCGAUAAAUUUAUAACUCAGCAGCAAUUCUGCGCUGGCACACUAACUACAGGAGAAGGGGCAUGCGAUCACGACGCCGGGGGUCCGGCCAUCCUGUCCGGCAAGCUGGUGGGCAUCAUAUCGUUUGGGCCGACGGUCUGUGGGUACACUAACGCUCCGACCGUGUUCACACUGGUCGGCUCCUAUGCAGACUGGAUCGAGAAAGUCAAUGAUUCGAUGCCGGACUACUAUCGACUGACCGUGCGCACGUCCACGAUUGGCGUCAAACCUUCCAAUAACUUCAAACGGCUCACCACGAAGUUGGCUUAUGAAGAAGAAAUAUAAAUUACUUCAACUGUAUUGUAUACGAGGAACCCAAGAGAUUUUAACCACGCAUUUCUGGGGCCAAAAGAUGGAAAAAAAAUUAUAAUGAGUUUAAGUCAAUUUCAAUAUACAUUGUUCUUUUUUUCGAUUUUAUGUACAUCAAAUUUAAACGUUAUUUGUAAA